UAGAUCAAAAUCCCAAACUGAAACAAACAGUUGAAGCUAAGCUCUGUCUAUUCCCACUCGGAGAUUCUCUUAACUAACUCAAGCCCAGAACUCCCAGUAAUCUCUCAUCGGAAGCCAUGGACAAUCUCCAAUCCAAUUACAUGGACGAAGACGAGGAAGAAGACGAACAAUCCAAAACCACCGCCGCCGCCGUCGCAAUCACCGAGCUCGUUGAGCCGGCGACGACAACGGAGCCCGCAAACGACGACGAGCCCAGUUCGGAGCCCAUAAUUAACCCACCGCCCACCGACCCGCUCAACGGCAACAAAACCGAGACCGAAGCCUCCGAAGACCUCUCCGAGUCCGUCAAAUCCCUCGAAAACGACGUCGACGUCGACAUCGAAGACGAAGACCCGCCUCCCAAGAAGCAAAAGCAGCUCUCUUCUCUCACCGCCAUUGCCUCCGCCGCGGCGACCACCCCACCCGCUUCUUCGGACCCGGACCAGGCCCAAUUGCCCCAACCCGCACCCGAAGCCAACGGCAACGGCAACGGCAACGGCGCUCUCCUCCUCCCGGCGCAACCCUCCAAGAAGUCCACCAAGAAGAAGAACAACAAUGUGUGGGUCACCAAGUCGACGCGGAAAGGGAAGAAGAAGACCAAGCCCAGCACCAACAACAAUGCCCCCGGAGAGGACAAGGUUCUCGUCACUCCGGUCACCAGAUUCCCCGACAAGACGGACGACACGCCGGAGAUGACUAUCUGCCUCUCCAAGGUCUACAAGGCCGAGAAAGUUGAGGUCAGCGAGGACCGAAUGAGUGCCGGGAGUACUAAAGGGUAUAGAAUGGUUAGGGCCACCAGGGGAGUUGUGGAAGGUGCUUGGUACUUUGAAAUUAGGGUAGUCAGCUUGGGAGAGACCGGCCACACCCGCCUCGGCUGGUCCACUGACAAAGGUGACCUUCAGGCUCCGGUUGGAUAUGAUGGGAAUAGUUUCGGGUAUCGGGACAUUGAUGGGAGUAAGGUGCAUAAGGCUUUGAGGGAGAAGUAUGGCGACGAAGGGUAUAAGGAAGGUGAUGUUAUAGGGUUCUAUAUAAAUUUGCCGGAUGGGGGGUCUUAUGCCCCCAAACCUCCGCAUUUGGUUUGGUAUAAGGGGCAGAGGUAUGCUACAGCACCUGAAGCCAAGGAGGAUGCUGUCAAAGUAGUGCCUGGAAGUGAGAUAUCUUUUUUCAAAAAUGGGGUAUGCCAAGGUGUUGCUUUUAAAGAUCUAUACGGUGGUCGUUACUAUCCUGCUGCUUCAAUGUAUACUCUUCCCCAUCAACCAAAUUGUGUGGUCAAGUUCAACUUUGGUCCUGACUUUGAAUUCUUUCCAGAAGACUUCAAUGAACGUCCAGUGCCCAGGCCCAUGGUUGAAGUUCCUUAUCAUGGGUUUGAAAACCGUGCUGAAAAUGGAGUGUCCAAUGAGAAGAACAAUUAGCCAGACAGCAGUGUGCCUUUCAACUGUGAACUAAGGAAGAAAACCUUUUUCAUGGAUUUAGGAGACGGCAAUGAGUGCACAAUUCAUUUGUAAUCUAAAUUGUUGCUAAAGUCAGAAAAUGAAAAAUCACUGUAUUCUUGACUUCUAUCUGACAGAUGCUGCUUGAAAAAUAUAUAUUGAGAUUCCAUAAGCCUGAUUUUCUGA